CCUGUGGGAGCCCCCCAGCCCCCUCCUCCCACCUCUCCCUCAUGCACCCUGUCCUAAGGUCUGAAGCAAACAGUGGGGGGGGCUGCCCUCCAAAUUACCCAGGAGUCCAUGCGUGGCCCUCUCCAGGGUCAUGGGGACCGCUGGGGGGAGACUGGAAAAUCCAGUUGCCAGCACUGGUGCUGAGGACCCGGGUGAAGAGAGGCCGUUCCCACAUCCCCUCUGCCAUCCGAGAGGUGAGGUAGCCGCAAUGGCGUCUUCAGUGCACCUCUUCCUCCUCCUGGUCCUCCUCAGCAGCUCCUGUGCAGCGGGGCCAAAGGUGAUUUUGCAAGGAAAGCUGACUGAGGCUUCUCAGGCCUCCCAGGACUCCGGCUUUCCCAGUGUGCUCCAAAAGAUCUGCCGCCUCCUCCACCUCCCACCGGGGACCAACGUUACCCUUCAUCACAAGGGGCCUUCACACCGCCUCAGCUGCGGAGCCUGAGGGCAGCGGAAGCCGGCGUGGGCGGGAGUGAGCAGGCCUUGGCCUAGCAGGCCCCUGCCCUGCUGUGUGCUAAUAAACACGAGAGACCAGG